AUGCCUGACUUGAGCCCUGACAAAAAAGGCGGAAAACCUGACGAGCUCACCAUGGGUGAAAACAAGAUGCUUCUCAUGGGCGUUCUGUGCUCUGGCGGUGCCAAAGUCGACUACGAGAGGCUUGGUGCCUUGAUGAACAUGAAGCGAGCUUCUGCUGUAAGCAUGUACGGCCGCGCAGUUCGCAAACUAGAGAAGGUGUACGGCGUGAGCGCCGAGGGAGGCACGGCCAAGUCCCCUGCCAAGUCCCCUACCAAGCAAGCUGGUGGUCGGAAACGCCGCAAGAAGAAUCAGGAUCCUAAUUUGGAGUCUGAACCUGAGCCUGAGGUUAAGGUCGAGGCCAAGACCGAUGUUCCUGAUGAGGCCGAGGAGGAGGAUCUGUUUACCUCCAAGAGUCAGCGCACUGAUUAA